AUGGGGAAUCCCACUGCAUCCUCUGAGAUUGAAACUGAUAUUGAUUUUAAGGUUCAUGUGUUCUCUUCAUCAUCUGAGUUACUAGAAAAGCUUCAUCAAACAUGGAGUUCGGUGGAGAAACAACCAUAUCCAGCUAUGUAUUCUAGUGUGUAUGGAGGUAUCAUGCUUGAUCCAGCAAUGAUGGUAAUCCCCAUAGAUGAUCACAUGGUACAUAGAGGCCAUGGUGUCUUUGAUACUGCUAUUAUUUUACAAGGAUACCUCUAUGAGUUGGAUGUUCACCUUGAUCGUUUCUUAAGAUCGGCUUCCAAAGCAAAGAUAUCCUCUCCCUUUUCGCGAUCGACUCUUCGAAGCAUUCUAAUCCAACUAACUGCGGUGUCAAAAUGCAAGAAAGGAACAUUAAGAUACUGGUUAAGUGCAGGUCCUGGUGACUUCUUGCUGUCAUCAUCAGGAUGUCCAAAACCUGCAUUCUAUGCAGUAGUCAUUGACCAUGAUUUUUCUCAGUGCAAAGAAGGUGUCAAAGUGAUAACUUCAAAUGUACCAAUGAAGGCACCUAGCUUUGCCACAAUGAAAAAUGUGAACUAUCUUCCUAAUGUACUUUCGGUAUUGGAAGCUGAAGAGAAGGGAGCAUUUAGUUCUAUAUGGAUUGAUGAGGCUGGUUAUAUCGCUGAAGGACCGAAUGUGAAUGUCGCUUUCGUAACUCGAGAAAAGGAACUUGUUAUGCCUUGUUUUGAUAAUAUAUUAUCUGGUUGCACUGCUAAAAGGCUUCUUGAACUUGCACCAAAGUUGGUUGAUCAGGGUGUUCUCAAAAGUGUAACUACUAAAAAUCUGACAGUUGAUGAAGCUAAAGGUGCUGCUGAAAUGAUGUAUGUAGGUAGCACUCUUCCUGUGCUGCCUAUCAUCAUGUGGGAUGAUCAACCAAUUGGUGAUGGUAAGGUUGGAGAAUUAACAAUGUUACUUUCGGAUUUGGUAUGGGAUGAUAUGGUAGCUGGGCCUGACUCACAGAGACUACUUGUUCCUUAUGUUUAG